AUGGCAUACGAGAUUGGACUGAGCACACCAACCGUGCCGAAUCGCGGUUUCACACUUUGGAUAUGGAGUGUGGUCCUGGUGAUUAUGGCCGGCUUCUUUGUGCUGGGCCGGCUUGUGAUACGGUUUCACAAUCGCCGUAUUGGGGCCGAUGACUGGGUGAUUCUGGCGUCAUUGAUAGCAUCGGUGUUGCUGACGGUGACCGAAUGUUCUGCUGUGCAUUAUGGUUACGGAAAGCGAUUGAAAGACAUCGCCCUCAAUGACCGAGCCAAAGCUCUCAAGUGGUUCUACGGUGCCCAAAUCGUAUACAAAGUCGUCAUCACCGUCAACAAGAUCUCGUUCCUCUGUCUCUACCUUCGCAUCUUCAUCCAGCCUGUCUUUCGCCGCGUCUGCUACGGCGGGAUUGCCUUUCUUUCCGCCUGGGGUCUCGCCUAUAUCCUCGUUACCAUCUUCCAAUGUACACCCGUUAACGCGUACUGGGACAAGACAAUCAUAAACAAGACCUGUGUCGACAGCAAAGCGCAGUGGUUGUCGUAUGCCGUGAUCAAUAUCGUCUGCGAUGUGGCCAUCCUCACGCUGCCGGUGUACCCAGUCUCGCAACUACAUCUGGCCCGCGGUAAGAAGAUUGCAUUGGCAGUGAUGUUUGGCCUGGGCACAUUUGUCUGCAUAACGAGCAUCAUCCGCACAACCACGCUUGCCGAAUCAGCCAACAACAAACGCAAGGACCCUACCAGCGGCCCCAUCCCCGCCACGAUCUGGAGCGUCAUCGAAGCCAACGUCGGCAUCAUCUGCGCGUGUCUCCCCGUCUACCACCAACCGCUGAAGUGGUGCCUCCCACGCCUUUUCGGUUCUCAGCACUCGGCGCAUCCCUCCACUAGCCGAUCGCGCGGAAGAGGACAGAAGACCCCCGGGAGCAGUCGGUCACUACAGGAUCGCAAGGAUAUGGCCUGGCGCGAGCUGCAUGGUAGUGGAGGAAUUUAUUCGAAUAACGUGUCGACACAGGGGUUCGAGAUGUGCGAUGUAGAAAGCAGGAAGACGGAAAUGAAUGAAAUCGUGCGGAUGACGGACGUGAGUGUCUCGUAUCAGGACGAUCAGAGGUCGGACGCAUCCUCGAGGCCCAUCAGAGGGAGAGCGGAGGAUUGA